GUGUUAUUGUGAAGGACGAGGUUACAGCGGUUCAGACUACUGUAGUGGAUCUUCUAAAGAGACUGAAUACAAAGCAUGUUGCAUCCCACCACCACCAACCCCACCCCCUCCAAAGUGUUACUGGGAAUCUUGGGGAGAUUACACACCAUAUGGAGCAUGUGUUGAAAAAGGAUUACCGUCGACGCCGCAAUGCCAUAAACCCGGUAUUUCAACAUGCUAUCGAACCCGACAAUGCCGCUGUACAGUACCUGGAUAUCAUGGUCCAGGAUAUUGUAGUGGAUCUUCAAAAGAAUAUAAAAGAAAACCUUGC